AAACAUGAUAAGAUUUGAUGACAGCUGACUUGGCUAGUGUGUUCUGUAUUAGAAUAAAUGUAUUACGUCAAAAGAGAGAGAAGAAAACAUAGAAAGAAAAAACAGAGGAAAUAACACAUUUGUUUGAAUUUCGUGAGUUUGUUUAGAAAUACGUCGUAUUAAAAAUUCAAGCACUUGAACUGUGACCCGUGAAUAAGUUGGCAUUUUUCUUUUGGGCGAAAUAAAAAAAAGCUGCACUAACAAAAACAAAUAAAAGAAAACACAAUCCAAAAUGUCCGAGAUUUUGGAAGAACCAUUGUCAACAUCAGCCGGUGAUCAUGCAAGUACAAGUGAAACAGUGCUUCGUAAACGAAAUCCAUGGAAUUUAGUUUCGGAUAGUAUCGAUCUUCUUGCCGACGUCGAUGAAUUAGACGAUGAGGAAGAGGAAGAUGGUGUUGGUUGCCCAUUACCAUCGACACCCGAAGACAAUCAACUGCUCGAGGCCGAGAUGACUGAAGUUCUUAAAGCCGGUGUACUCUCAGACGAAAUUGAUUUGGGUGCAUUGGCUCAUAACGCUGCCGAACAAGCGGAAGAAUUCGUCCGUAAAGUAUGGGAAGCCUCAUGGAAAGUGUGUCACUAUCGUCAUUUACCAAAAUGGUUGCAAGACAAUAAUUUUUUGCAUCGGAAUCACAGACCGCCACUACCAUCGUUUCGAGCCUGUUUUAAGUCAGUGUUUCGAAUUCACACUGAAACUGGCAACAUUUGGACACAUUUGCUGGGAUGCGUUGCUUUCAUUGGCGUUGCUGCUUAUUUCCUAACGCGACCAUCCAUUGAAAUACAACUACAGGAGAAAAUUGUAUUUGGUGCCUUUUUCCUCGGUGCAAUUAUUUGCUUAGGAUUUUCAUUUGCUUUUCACACUCUUUGCUGUCAUUCGGAAACAGUGGGAAAAUUAUUUUCCAAACUUGAUUAUUGUGGCAUUGCAUUGCUUAUAAUGGGAUCGUUUGUACCAUGGCUCUAUUAUGGAUUCUAUUGUCAUUAUGAGCAUAAGUUGGUUUAUUUGUCGGUGGUAUUGGUGUUAGGAUUUUUAGCAAUCAUUGUAUCGCUUUACGAUAAAUUCGCAGAGCCGGGCUUGAGGCCAGUUCGUGCCGGUGUAUUUGCAAGCUUCGGUCUAUCAGGCAUUAUUCCUGCUAUUCAUUAUGUAUUAAUGGAAGGAUGGUUCAACAAAAUAAGCCGGGCCAGUCUUGGAUGGCUAAUUUUAAUGGGUAAACUUUAUGUAAUAGUCAAUGUCAAUAUUUUCUUAAUAAAAUCAAUUUCGUUUAAGGACUGCUAUACAUUCUUGGGGCCGUUUUCUAUGCUCUGCGUGUACCAGAAAGAUGGUUUCCAGGCAAAUUUGAUCUAUGGUUUCAAUCCCACCAAAUUUUCCAUGUACUAGUUAUUGCGGCUGCAUUUGUACAUUAUCACGGAAUCAGUGAAAUGGCAAUGUAUCGAGUUACCGUUGGCGAAUGUGCAAUACCGCACUCAGCUAUUACAUUCUAGGCAAUUACCAAAUCACUAAAAACAAAUGAACUAUGCUGAUGAUAAACAAAAACAUAAUCAAUUUUAAUAUGUAAAAAAAUGAAAUCCUUUAUUUAUUAAGACGAAUAAGAGGACCUCAACAACUACCACGAAAAAAUAAAAAAUAAAACAAACAGUUAGGAAUAAAUGAAAUGAAUCGGUGAAUGGAAGGGACUUAUUUAACGUUAUUCGAUGGUAAACACAGACAUUUGAGGGAUAUAAUGUUUUUUUAGAUGUAAAUAUUUAAAAUAGCAAAACAAAAGAAGCAACAAAUUUAUAUAAAGAAAUAGGAAUGAUGUGCACCAAUCAAAUCAAUUUAUUCAAAAUGAGCAUGUUGCAUUCAAUUUCUAAGUACCACGAAGAAAAAAAUAUAUAUGUGUGAAUCAAAAUGAGACAGCAAUAAUCACAUGCCUAGUUGUACCAAAUACAUACAUUUCGAACAAUCUACACAGAUAGUAAAAAAAAACUUUUCAACAUGUCAAAAUAAUCUAAAGAUUUGUGUAAAAUUUGUGGGAAACAUUUUUUGCAACGCAGAUAAAAAAAACAAACGAUCCAAACCUAUUUAGAAAACGAAUGUGUGAUGUUUUUAUUAAUUGAAACAGAAAUUAUGUAUCACUGUUCAUUUAUAACCGAAUAUGCUUUGUUUGUAUUUCAUUUGUCCUCUUCUUAAUAAAACAACUUUUGGUGGUUAGCACAUGA